AUGCCAGCCGUCUUCCACAGCGUCUGCCACGUGAUCCAACGCCAUUAUACGGUGCACCCGACGACCAAGUCGGCCGCCGAAACCAGCGCCGAGCGGUACCUCUUUUGCCUCCCGGCGCUGCGAACGCCCGACACCUUCUACGUCUCGCACUGCGUGCGCUUUAGCCGCUGGCACAUCUUCGUCGCGGCCUUUCUCUCGCAGUUUUGCCUCGGCUCGCUUUACGCCUGGUCGGUCUACAAUGCGUACAUUGACGACUACAUCGUUGGCGACCCGACAGCCGGCCGCGCCGUCCUCGCCUUCUACAUUGCGAGCGGCUGCUUUGGCGUCUCGGCGGCGAUCCUCGGUCCGUGGCUCGAGCGCGUUGGGCCGCGCUACGCGAUCACAUUCGCAACGACGCUCUUUCUAUUGGGCCAUCUCGGAACGGGCCUAGCGAUCGCGAUAAAAAGCAUGGUCGGCGUCUAUCUCUCGUACGGUGUUGUCGCUGGCACGGGCAUGGGUCUUUGCUACAGCUCCCCGAUUGCCACGCUCCAAAAAUGGUUUCCCGACUUGCGCGGGACUGCGUCCGGGUUUGCGGUGUGUGGCUUUGGCGCAGGGCCCGUCUUGUGGGCCGUGGCGUUCCCGUACCCGCUUCAAGCCCUCCAGGUCCCGCUGUACCUCUCGUUUCCCGCCUUUGGACUCGCCAUGAGUCUCGUGUUGUAUUUUUGCGCCAUGGUCAUGCGCAACCCGCCGUCGGGGUUUAUCGCCCAUGGCAAGGACAUGCACGGUAUCAACCACGAGCGCGUCAACCUGCUCGCCCACGGCCAAACAAUCGGAACCACGGACGACGACCGUAACGGCUCGCUCAAGAGCCGCCGGCCGCGCCAGGACGAGUGCGGCCACGUGAUUCUCUUUGUGCCCGAGGACCUCGCGAGCAUUCCGGUCGCCGAAGACGAUCUCAACCGGACGCCGAUCGUCGAGGGCGAGCCGCACCCGCAUGAGUAUUACCGCGAGUGCGACCUGGACGACGCCGAGCUCUUUUACUUUCAGCGCGUCAAGCAGCUCUCGCUCGUGCAGUGUCUCUUCUCGCCCGACUUUGUGUUUCUCUGGUGCAUGUUUCUCUUCGCCUCUGUAUUUGGCCUCGUCCUGCUGUCGCGGCUAAAAGACACGGACUUGCGCGUCUUUAGCGGUAACGCCACCGCGCCGACGACCGCCGACGUCGACCGCGCCGAGCUCAUGGUGAGCUACAACGGCAUCUUCAACUUUGCCGGUCGGCUCUUGUGGCCGAUGGCGUCCGACGUCGUCAUUCGUCUCGGCGGCCUCAACCCGGCCACGGGGCGCAAACUCAUCUUUGGCGUCAACCUCUGCGUCCAGCUCCUCGUGGCGCUUCUUCUGCGAAGCGCGCUGCGCACGAAAGACCACGUGGCGUUUCAAGCGCUGGUCUGGACACUUACCUUUGUCUACGGCGGCGGCUUUGGCACGAUCCCGUGCUUCCUCUGUGACAUGUUUGGCGCCUUCAACAUCGGCGCGCUCCAUGGUAUUAUCCUCACGUGCUGGUCCAUCGCCGGCGUCGGCGGCGGCCUCGGGUUCUCGAGCCUCUUUGACGCCGCCGAAAUCCACCACUCGAUCCUCAGUGCGUACGAAACCGCGCUGCCAAUGUUUGCAAUCGGUGCCGGCGUUGGCCUUCUAUCGCUGCUUCUCGUUCGCACGAAUCCCGUCGAUCGGUUCGCGCCUGGGUACCAAUACAGCGUCGGCCGCUCGAUCUUGUGCAGCUUUAAGCCCAAGGGCUGGCAGUUUCAGCACAUGUAA